GCCUUCUUUUCCUUUGGUAGGCAAGUUCAGAAUGUCCACACGGGCCUUGACCUGACCGUGCCCCAGCACCAGGAGGUACGGGGUAAGAUGAUGUCCGGCCAUGUGGAGUACCAGAUCUUGGUGGUGACUCGGCUGGCUGCAUUCAAAUCAGCCAAGCACAGGCCUGAGGAUGUUGUCCAGUUCUUGGUCUCCAAAAAGUACAGCGAAAUUGAGGAGUUUUACCAGAAACUGAGCAGUCGUUAUCCAGAGGCUAACCUGCCACCACUGCCCAGAAAGGUGCUAUUUGUUGGGGAAUCUGACAUCCGGGAAAGGACAGCCAUGUUCAAUGACAUUCUGCGCUGCGUCUCAAAGGAUGCCCAGCUGGCAGGCAGCCCAGAGCUGCUAGAGUUCUUAGGCACCAGAUCCCCAGGGACUGGAGGUCUCGCCAGCAGAGAUUCCUCUGUUCUAGAUGACACAGCCAGUCAGCCAGGGGAUGAUGAGGAAGCUUUUGAUUUCUUCAAGCAGCAGGACCUAGUGGCAGGUGAGGGCCCACCCAUCCUGGCCCUUAAGGAGGCAGAAAAGUCCUUGGAAGAGGAGGAGGAAGAGGAGGAGGCACUGGAUCCAUUGGGCAUUAUGCGCUCCAAGAAGUCCAAGAAAGGCCCCCAGGUGACGGUGAAGCCCAAGCCCUCACCCCGGCUCACCAUCUUUGACGAGGAGGUGGACCCUGAUGAGGAACUCUUUGGCCCAAGCAGGAAACUGUCCCCUCAGAGCCCCUUGAAGAACACACCCCAGGACUUUUUCGGCAGACACAACGUCUUUGUAUGUGGUGCUGAGGAUCGAACCCAGGCUGCACACAUGCCAGCCCUGAAGCUGUUUGAUGACCCUGACCUUGGUGGGGCCGUCCCCCUGGGUGACCCCUUACUGCUGCCAGCCGCCUGUGAAAAUGGAGGGCCCACAUCAGGCCGGGGCCUCAGAUCUGCAUCUGAAGAGCUGUUCAGCAGCCUGCAGAGCACCUUGGGAAUCCCUGCUCACCGCAUGUGAGCCCUGCGUCCUCCCUUCACUCUAACAACAUCUGGUAAUGAAGAAUUCGCUUCUUGAGAGCAAGAGCCAUAUUUCUUUCAUUCUUCUUGUGUCUGCUGUGUUCCUACUCAGGCGUAAUUAGACUUUCUUAUAGAACAAAGCUCUCCAGCAGCCAUUCCCUCCCCACUUCAUCCCUUCAUUGAUGCUCUCACCCCUCCAUUCAUUUUGUCAGCAGCCUGAGCUUCAGCCAUCCCCAGGCAGCACAGGGUGGGACACGAGCAGGGUUUGGCACUGAGGAGUCUAUGUUCCUCCGGUUCUGCAGACACGUCAGGGCUGGCCUCUGGUUUUGAUCUUUAGCCAAGUUCUGUCCUCUUCAGGGACUUCAGGACUUCCUCACCCCACACUAAAAGACCCCACCAAAGCUGGGUCUGGAAGAGAGUGGGACUGAACCUCGUGUUAGUGAGACCUGUUCCUAAGUGUGUCUCGGGGAGCCCCCAUGGAAAUAGGGUGCUUGGAAAGAGGGAGCCUAAGCAGCCACUUGUAUCCCAAGAAUGACUACAGUACCUUUGUAUGGCCUCCCACUCACAGCCUCCCACCGCAGAGCAAAUCCAGCUUCAGACUAGUUCUAUAGCAGCUGCUUCCCCUGAAAUGUGACAUGGGCUUUUAACUGCUGCUUCGUUUUCCUAAAGACCCCUGUUUUAAUAUAAUUCAGUCACUCUCAGCUUUUGCUGGUUACCCUUGGCCUCCACUGGAGAAUGUAAAGGGAACCAGUGGCUGAUGCUGGGGAGCCAAGGAGGGGCUUUGGCUUGGAGGGAGCUGGGGCACAACUGAGCUAAACUUCCAGAAGCAGCCAGACCGUGACACCUCCCAAAAUCUCCCUGAACCCUGUGCAGCUGCUCUCUAUAGAGAGGCAUUAGUGGGUCCAUCUGGGUUUGGACCAGAAGGAUACUUUUUGUUCAUCUGGGGCAAGCUCAGAAUUACCUCCCAGAGGUCUCUGCCCAUUGCAGGAGUUCUCCCCCAGAAGCUCUGUGGAUGGCAGGUUCCUGGCCAGCAGCCCCUCUGGGGAUGCUGUGCCAGCCACCUCCACCCUCACACAGGCUCUGCCAGGCCAUGCAGUGCCAGAGAGUUCUGAUCAAGGCACCUCUGCUCUGCUCCUGCCCCUACCCAACCCAGCUGGUGUCUGAGCAGAUGAUACUCUUGGUUCUAUGGUUGGGAUAUGCUGCUCAGGGCAAGAAACCUCCGCUGUCGGCUGUCGGCUUCUGCCAAUUCGUUCCCACCUCCAGACCUUUGCUCUCUGCUACGCCCUUCUCCAGGAUUCCCCUCCCUAACUCCCCUCAUGCUGGGCCUGCCCUGCUCCCUUUCCUGGGAAGCUUUCCUCACCUGCUCUGGCCACGCACUUCCCAGCCUUCAGUGACAUCAGGAUGUUUGCAAUUGGUGAAUCCUGUUGGACUGGCUUUCAGGGUGCCCUGUGGAAGGAACCUAGGCAUUGCUCCUUUGUGCUUUGUGCUUGCUCUCUUCAGUGCCCAGUGAAUGUCGACUGGCACCUGCAGUAUUUUUUAAGAUUUAUAAAGCACUUUCCAUCUG